AGAUUGAAAUUAGUACAAAGAAAGCCAAUCCUAGAUGGUUUAAUUUGUAUAAAGGGAGAGAUGAUACAACAAUCACUUUCAAACACUUGGAAGAACGAAUAGGGAGCGGCACAGCUGAUGACCACUUUGCUAGAAUGUUUGUGCUGUAUACGAUAGGAACAGUUUUGGCACCUAGUUCAAAGGAAUAUGUGAGCAGCAGGUAUGUAGAUCUUGUACCAGAUAUUUCAAAAAUCAAAGGCUACAAUUGGGCGCAGUUCACAUUAGAGUAUUUGAUUGAUCACUUGGCAUUUUUCAAGAAGAACAAAAGAACAGGUCUUGUUGGAAAUUUGGCGUUUCUGCAGGUUUGGUUCUUUGAACAUUUUCAAGCGUCUGGCGAUUGCUUUGAUUAUGCACGCCAUGAGCAUCCUCUGAUUAAAAAUUGGGGUGGAAACAAGGUUGUGAAGCGGGCACAUCUUGAAGGGAUAAAGAAAUUUGGUGCUGAAAAGGUCAUCGCAACUUGUGUUAUUCUCCUAUUGUGUUGAAGUAUGAUAGUACUGCAAAUUAAUUAAUGUGAUGUUGCAUGUAGUUAUUAGGUUGCAACUCAAUGAUUCUGAAGCGCGUACUGAUUCUGAUCAUUUGGAGGAGGAGAUUGGUGAGGGAUCUUCUGACGGAAUGAAUAGUGACUAUUUUGAAAAUGUGGAUUUCACUGACAAUGGUGAAAAGGAGGAAAAAAUUUUGGAUGGCUCGAAUGAUGAUGAGAAGGGUGACGGAUGCCUCAGAGAGGACACACUGGAAUCAAUCAAAGGCAGGCUAUCAGCAUUAGAGCAAGAUACCCAUCAUAAGUACACAAGUAUUGAUGGAAGAAUUCAAGUGAUAGAGGACAGGACAAGAUGUUUACCGGAGCUGCAUGCAAUUUUGCAGAGGAUUGUAAAGCUACUUGAUGGGAGUAAUAGGCCAACAACAUGUGAGGAAACUGGCAGGAGAAAUCGUGAAAAGAAUAAGGAUACGGGGGAGAGAGGAAAUAGUAGGGUUAACAACGAGAAGCCUGAAAAACCUUGUAGGGAACCGGCUACUGAUCAUAAAAGGACUUAUUCUUCGGGAACUAGUAACUGUGAUCAAUCGAACAUAUUUGGAGGAGUAAAGAGGAAAAUCGAUUUAGUUUCGAGUCCUACUCUUGUUGAAAAGGUGAAAACAAGGAGAGACAGGCAACCAAGCAAAGUUUGCAAGUCCCCGUAUGAAGGCAUAAAGCGGAAUAGGAUAUUUGGAACAAAAACUGAUGGCGAUCAUGUUGAUGAGGUAACUCAAGGACUGGCUUUAAGCGACUUGGAACUGGCUGCCAUUAAAUUUGUUCAGAAGGAACUUGCCCAAAGUGCCGACAAAGUUUUAGUACGUAUAGGUAUAUCAGAUCUAAGAUGCAGUCUAUUGAGAUGCCUAAUUAGACCUGUUAGAGAGAAUGGAGCAGAUAAAUGGUUGGAUUCAGAAAUAAUAACCUCAUAUGCAAGUAUAUUUAACUCUAUUUGGGAAAAAGAACCUAAGAAACUGAAGCAUGCAGUUUCAGCUUACCAUUCUGAUUGGCUAAGAUGUAUUGGAAAAGAUUGGAUGAAAACUGGUUUGUUUUGUAAAAAAGUGGUUGAUUUUACUCGUACAUUCUGCCAGAGUUUUGUUGGAUCAGAUAUGGUCUUCAUUCCCAUAAACACCACCAACACUCACUGGUGGCUUUGUGUUCUCUGUUCGUCUAAGAAAGAAUUUCAAAUUCUUGAUCCUUACAGUAGACGCAUAAAUUAUGCAGAAGAAUCAAAAGAUUUGCGAAGCGGCAUUCAUUCGAUUUUGCAAGCAGUUCGUUCUUCCCCUCCCAAGUUGGAGUCGAGGUGGAGUAACUAUGAUAUACUAAAUUGGGAUGUGGUUGUCGUAAAAAAUAUUCCACGUCAACUUGAUGCGUGCUCUUGUGGAAUUUUUACAAUAAAGUAUAUGCAAUUCUGGGAUGGAUCAAAACUGACAUGUGACUUCUCGCAAGAGGACAUGGAGACAUUUAGAAAGAAGAUGCCAGCGGAACUGUUAUUUUCUCCCUUUAAUGAUCUUAAAAGUAUCAAAGAUGAUGUACUUGCCAUGGCCGAUUCUUAGUUUAAAUUCUUAUGUUUGAUGGCUACCCUCUUGGCCGAUUAAGGUGUAUGAACUGUUUCGUUAAUUAUCUGUAUACUUGCUUCGUAUAUGGUUGAUUAAGGUGUAUGAACUGUUUCGUUAAUUAUCUGUAUCUUGGAUGAAA